UGCGGUUAGGGCCAGUGCGAUUACAGCUUCGAUCCAAAACACUUUGAAUUUUUACAAGUUGCUGCUGUGUUCUUUGAAAUGGUGGCGCCUCGCGUCACAUUCCAGCUGUUCAUUUUGUGCGUGUCAGUGUCACUUCACCUAUCAUUGACUGGACUCAGCUAGAUCAGAAACGAUCGGUAGUGACAUUUAGUAACGGUAAUGUUUUUCCGGCUGAUACGAGUGAAAACGAAAACGCCCGUGAGUCUCCUGCAGGCAGUGGACCCCGCAAUACUUUGAUUGUCCAUCCAGGUAAAGCCAAACCUGGCGACACCAAUCCAAUUCAACCCGAGACGACAAGAUCUCCUCGGGUUCUGACUCCUCCACCCUUAACGACGCCAGCACCAACACUGGGCAAUAUCUUUGAUUCCGACGGAUGCAUCUUUGCAGUGGAAACGCCCACAGUCUCUAGUGGUCCUAUUAACGCUGCUUCGUCAAUGAGCAGCAGUACAACACCCAUUCCCGCGAUUUUAAUCGACCAACGUGCCCCGUUAAGGCCAACGACGACCACAACUACCACAACUACCACUGUCAAACCGACGAUCACUACAAGGAAAUCCGCGUCUUCUAAUGUGGGAUGCCCCAAACCCAAUGGAUUGUUUCCAUUUGUCGGUGAUUGCAGCAAGUUCAUCAAUUGCUGGAAAGGCCGUCCUCACCUACAGGUUUGUGCUGGCGGAACGCUGUUUAAUCCUGCCACUAAUGAAUGCGAUCACGCCUACAAAGUCGUCUGCCAAGUGGCUAGGUCAGCAUCUGUGACUUUCCCUCCUACCACCACUCGCCCGCCUACGCCACCACCCACAGUAUCGACCACUACUACACCAACUCCAGUGAUUACACUGUCGUGCCCGCAUCCUAAAGGGUUCUUCCCACAUCCGACAGAUUGCAAAAAGUUUGUCAACUGCUGGGGCGGUCGUCCAGCUGUUCAAGUUUGUGCCGAAGGAACUCUAUUCAACUCAGCCACCAGAGAAUGCGAUCACGCCUCAAAAGUCGUCUGUUUAACGACUUCAAGAGCGAUACAAGUUCAACCGAGAGGAAAUAACGCCGGUGGCUCGUUUUUCUCUGAUAACGUUCCCCGAUCAUCGGGGUCAUUGCCCCCUGCGGGUAAUGCUUUGCCACAGUCGCCUAAAGUGGAUUUAGGACCUCCUUUGUCGCCGGAUAGUGGCCAACUCAUGCGUCUCCGAGGAGGAGCCGGACCUUGGGAAGGUUAUGUGGAGGUGCGUGGAGGCAAGGAUCGUCCUUGGGGUCACGUAUGCGAUGCUUCCGAUAGCUGGACUAUUCAAGAAGCCAGUGUCAUUUGUCGCCAUCUCGGAUUCCUCAGGGGUGCACAAAAGUCUGUACAAGGCUUGGAGUUUGGCCCGUUGACCAGGGAUAAAAUUUUGAUUGAAAAGGUGGAGUGUACUGGAAGCGAAGCCAACAUCACCGGAUGCAAAAUCGCUACCGGUUCCAACUGUCCGUUCAUUCAUGAACAAGUAGUGGGUGUUCGAUGUCAUCGGGACACUCAAGCCCUUUGCGCCAAGGAUGAACACGCCCACGGAAACUUUUGCUACAAAUUAAUCUCGGACGAGAUGAGCACCAGGGAAAGAGCGAGAUCCUUGUGCGAGAAAUCCGGCGGAAAUUUACUCUACAUCCAUUCUCAAGUUGAGAACGAUUUUGUUUCCGAGUUAUUGAAUAGCGUCGCUCCAUCCAUUACCAAAGUACAUACGGACGGAAUGGCAAUCCGAGCGCUGAGAAAAGAUUUGUUAGUUUGGGAGCAAAUGGAAACCACAAUGAACUUUACUAAAUGGUGGCCAGAGUGGGAUCGAUCAAAACCGGGCAAUCCUGCAGCCAAAGUCACUCCUCAGUGCGUGAUUCUAGUUAAGCGUUUCCAGUACCGCAACCGCUGUGCAACUUUGCCUUAUUUCUUCUGGACCCUUGGAGAAUGCGACGUGGCCGCUGCUGCCAUUUGCAAGAAAAGCUCUCGAGACAUCGGCUGUGUUGUUGGCAAUGGCGCCGAUUACCAAGGUACAGCUAAUAUCAGUAAAACGGGUAUGCCUUGUUUGGGAUGGAACGAUCCUCGCAUUCGACACGUUUUGGCGAAACCUGCACGAGCUGCUGUUGCCGUGUUGGACAGUGCCGCUGCCAAGUCUUCUCGUACCGUAAACUCAGGUUUACAACAUAAUUUCUGUCGAAAUCCGCACGGAGAAUCGAAUCCUUGGUGUUUCAUUUCGCCAGUAGAGAUGGAGUACUGUGACAUACCCAGAUGCAAUAUUCAGGAAAGAGGAGCAGUUCUUGAUAAUAAGUGUAAAGCCAAUCAAUAUAAAUGCAAUACGGGCGAGUGCAUUCCAAAUACAUGGGUUUGCGAUGGAGCUACGGACUGUGAAGGCGGAUCGGACGAGGAUUUAUGCGCCCAGUACAUGAACGACUUUUACAAGCGCCAAAACGAAACGAUCCAACUUCACGACGUGGAAAAGUGGAUGAACACUAAUCUGGACACUUGUGCAAGGCGAUGCGCCGAAGCUAAAAGUUUCACUUGUUUAUCAUUUAAUCACAAUGAGGGACAAUCGGAGUGCGUUUUGAGCGACAGCAACCGAGGACUGUCGGGCCAAAUGAUCCAUUCGCCGGGUUGGACUUAUUACGAGCGCAAAGUUUACUCUGUCAAUUGCAGCUCGAAUUUUGAAUGCCCCAGUGGAAAGUGCAUUAAUCAGACAUCCGUGUGUGAUGGACGUGACGACUGUGGGGAUCGAUCUGACGAAAUUGUUUGCCAAUCUCAACUCGAUUUCCAAAUUAGAUUAGCUGGCUCCAACAAGACCAACGAAGGACGCGUAGAAGUCAAAGUAUUUGGCCAAUGGGGAGCUAUCUGUGAUGACCAUUUCAGUGCAAAUGAUGCCAACGUGAUUUGUCGCCAGUUAGGGUUCCCCUUAGGAGCCAGUCAAGCUUUGUCUCAUUCCACUUUUGGCCCUGGUUCUCCAAUUUUGAUGGAUGACGUCAUGUGCAGGGGCAAUGAAACAUCGUUAGCUGAUUGUCCGUUUGCCGGUUGGGGAGUACAUAAUUGUGCUCCUGAAGAGACUGCUGGAGUGCGGUGCAUCUUGGCGGAGACAACUUGCACAGAAAAUCAAUUUAAAUGUGAGACCACAGACGCCUGCAUCGCCAUCGAUUUCCUCUGUGACACUGUCGAUGACUGUGGAGACCAUUCUGAUGAAAACCGAACACGUUGCGCUUCUGAACUGCUGGUUCGAUUGGCUGAUGGACCCGAUUCACUAUCCGGACGAGUCGAGUUGCGUCAAAAUGGAAUUUGGGGGACAGUUUGCGAUGACGAUUUUGGUCCAGAAGAAGCGACGGUCAUCUGCCGAAUGUUGAAUUUGAAUGGGCCAGCUCAACCCGCAAAGAGUGGCAGUUUUGGUCCAGGCAAAGGGCCAAUUUGGCUGGACGAAUUAGGUUGCAGCGGAACAGAAAAUACAUUGAUGGAGUGCGCCCGAUUGCCGUGGGCCAAACACAACUGUCGUCAUACUGAAGAUGCUGGAGUCCGUUGCUCUCACCCAACUAAUGAAAGGAAAUUACCGGAAGAAAAAACCGAGACAGAUCCUGUCACUACAUUAACCGAUUUAGUUCAACUGGGAUCUCUUCCGGUCAAAUGCGGCAUAAGAAUGGUUGAAGACAAUCCAUCCGAUCCAUUAUUAAUCCAGCCUAAAGUAGUCAAAGGAGAGCCAACUAAACCCGGCGCUUAUCCUUGGCAGGUGGGAGUUCGAGUGAGAAACAGUGGGAAAAGUGAUAAUCACUGGUGCGGCGCCACUAUCAUCUCUGAACAUUUCAUUCUUACGGCCGCCCACUGCAUGGAAGACUUCCCAAAAGGUCUAUACGUCUUAAGAGUUGGUGACUACAAUACGGAAGAUAGUGACGUAGAAGAGGAGCAAUUCACUGUGGAGCGCAUGCACUUCCACGAAGAGUUUGGACAAGGAGGACACUUAAAUAACGAUAUCGCACUCAUUCGUAUCAAGAAAAAAAGUAAUCAAGGUAUUCGUUUUGGAUCACAUGUCCAGCCGAUCUGUCUUCCUUCUCCAUCAACCGAAUACGUUGCCGGAAUGAACUGCACUAUAGCCGGAUGGGGAUCACCUGGCCAACCUGGAGCAGCUUUUGCAAUCAAACUGCAGUCGGCUACUGUUCCUAUUCUGUCGGAUGAUACAUGCAAAGCGCCUUAUGUCUACGGUCCUGAUCGCAUCAAAGUUGGAAUGUUUUGCGCCGGACUUCUUGAAGGAGGUGUCGAUGCUUGCCAAGGCGAUUCCGGUGGUGGAUUAAUUUGUUUAGUCGACGGGCGGCCAACAUUAAUGGGUGUCAUCAGCUGGGGUUUCGGAUGCGGAAGACCUAACAGGCCCGGUGUUUACACGCGUGUCGUUCAUUAUUUGCCAUGGAUUUAUUCUAAAUUAGCCGAGACAAAUGCUUGAAAAGCUCUAUGCAAUCGUUUUUUUCCCCCCUACUAAGUACUAACCUAUUUUCAUUUGUUUUUGUCUGUAUGUCUUGUUUUUGAAAAUCCGUAGAGGUGUUCAAAGCAGAUCCUUGACGAUUGGAUUUUAUUUAAUCUCUUCAUUAAUCAAAAUUUCGACGCUCGAAUUGUCAUUUUACAAAAAAUAAUAAUCUUUUAUUUCUUCCUUAUUUUUAAAAAACGAUAUUACUAUUUUACAAAAUCACAUGUGCAAUCAAGCGAGGUUCAAACGCGAUUUGUGAGUGUAUACCAUCAGCCAAUAAAAAAAAGUAUGCCAAUGAAAUAUUGCACGGCAUUAUGCUUGAAGUUACGAAACCACCCCUUUUACACCCCAAGGCCCUUUAGGCUGUUUUAAUGAUUAAUGGCGAUUCGAGUGAAAACCUUUGACCUGGUUGCACGUAGUCUGAUGUCUGUCUGAUUCGUAUUCGUAUAUUAUAAUUAUACGUUUUGUUACAAGUGCCUAAUUCUGUGAAAAAAUUAGAAUUGCUGUUGUUGUUACCAUGGCAAAUCACGAUCCUGAGAUACC